UCACUUUGACAAGACAAAAAAAUAAAAAAUCAGAAUCAGAAAAGCCACUUUCCAAUUUCUAGGGUUUUACAGAGAGAAACGGGAGAGUGGGAAAGCAAUCAAAUUCCGCAAAGCUAGGGUUUCACAGAGAGAGAGAGAGAGAGUAAAUGGACGGUCUUCGUCCCAGAAACAGAGAGAUUUUCAUCGGCUUUACGAAGGCCGAGACUGAAAAAAUGGAGAGAUUGACGAGGGAAUUAGGAGAACAGGUGCUGGAACGAGAGUUCUGUCAAAGUACUGCAAAAAGUUUUAAUCGCUCCGCCGGUCGUGCUGGGAAACCUAUCGUAAAAUGGACUGAGGUACAAAGUUGGUUCGAGAAUAGGGUGAAAGAGUCAUCAAACAUAUCCAGAAAUCUCUCCGAGGAACAGGGACAUUGCCCUUCAAAUAAGGCAUGCAAAAGUUCUCAAAAACCUAAAGCAGAAGAAGAGAUCCCAGACGUAUCAGAGUUGGAAUUUGAGGCAAGGUCGUCAAAAGAUGGGGCAUGGUAUGAUGUUGAAAAGUUCCUUGCUCACAGAUUCCCUAGUACGGGGGAAACUGAAGUUCGUGUCAAAUUUGUUGGAUUUGGAGCCGAAGAGGAUGAGUGGGUUAAUGUAAAAAAAGCUGUGAGGGAGCGCUCAGUACCACUGGAGCAUUCAGAAUGUCAUACAUUGAAGGUUGGAGAUCAUGUCCUCUGCUUCCUGGAGAGGAGAGAUCAAGCAAUCUACUACGAUGCCCAUAUUACAGAUAUUCAAAGGAAAAUGCACGAUGUAAGGGGCUGCAGGUGUCUUUUCUCAAUCCGCUAUAAUCAUGACAACAGCGAGGAACGAGUUCAUUUGAGGAGAUUGUGUCGGCGGCCAAAACAUUAGAUGUUUCGUGCGUUGUCCAAGUUUUUCCCUUAACGCCAGCUCAAUUUUGUCAAGCUUUUUUGUACUCGAGCUGUGGGAGGGCAUGAACGGGCAUGGGCACUUUGCAAGAGAGACAAUGCAUACUGGGUAGUCGAUAUAUGGCAGUCUGUUGCUUGUGGAUUUGAUGGAUCACCAGAACCCAUUAAUGUGCAGGGGAGUUGAUGUCUGCGAGUCUCCGAGGUUGUGGCUUUGAUGGAUCACUGUAACCCUUUGGUAAUCUAGGGUUCUACCAUGUGUACGAAUACGGGUAUAGAGAACGGGGUCAAUCCGUGACGUACAUUUUUGGGUGCUGUGUGAGAAAAUGGGUGUGGUAACACAUUGUGGUGUAAAUCCCAAGUUCUGUUUCUGUUUCUAUGCAAUUAGAAAACCAUCCGACUUGUGCUCUUUGAGAGUGUUGUCUGCUGAGAUUCAUAACAUCUUCUGGCAUUUGGAAGUCGUCUGAUCAUUUAUUUUAAGUUUCAUAAGCGA